AGAUUAUUUACGUGUUUGUUCUAUUUGCAGAAAAAUCAAGAUCUGACCGAUAAAUAGCUAAUAAGAUCUGAUAAUAGAAACUGAAGAUAAUGGAAGGAGAAUCGGAGAAUAAUGUUUCCAAUAAAGAUUCUAAAGUAAUUUCUUGGCCAUAUAUGAAUGUCGGCUCGCUAACGAUAUCGUUCUUGACCAAAUUGGCGGCGGUUGGCGUUAUCUGGGGAUGGGGAUAUUUCAACUACAGCAUAGCUUGGUUAAUCGCGCCGAUCGCCUUUUCCGUAUGGAAAGCAGAGCGGAAAAGGGAUAAUGAAUUGAGAACGAUUACGGCACAGGCCAGUAUACUGUCUAAGGAAAAGGAAUUAAUUAUCAAUCGAAUAGACGAGUUACCUUCAUGGGUGUAUUUCCCGGACUUUGAUAGAGCUGAAUGGCUAAACAGGAUCUUAACUAAAGUAUGGCCAAGUAUGAAUCAAUUUGUCCGCCAACUGUGUAAGCAAAGUAUAGAACCGUCGAUUGUUGAAAAACUGACUGAAUAUAAGAUCAAAGGUUUUCAGUUCGAUCGUUUAGUUCUGGGUCGCAUUCCGCCGAAAAUAUAUGGGAUCAAAGUGUAUGAUAAAAAUACCUCGAGAAAUGAGAUCAUCUUAGAUGCAGACAUUAUGUAUGCUGGUGACUGUGAUAUUACUUUUUUCGUUGGGAACAUCAAAGGUGGGAUUAAAGAUUUUCAAAUACAUGGUUUGGUGCGCGUCGUUAUGAAACCUAUGCUGCCUAUGAUGCCAUUAAUCGGAGGUGUACAGAUAUUUUAUCUGAAUGUUCCUACUAUUAACUUCAACUGUGGAGUAGCUGAUGUAUUAGAUCUACCUGGAUUCAAUGAAAUUUUGAGAAAGACAAUCAUUGAACAGAUAGCAGCCAUUCUUGUAUUACCGAACAAAAUAACUAUAUCGUUAAGCGAAGAGAUACCCAUGGAAUCAUUAAAAAUACCCGAACCUGAAGGCGUUCUGAGAAUUCAUGUUGUGGAGGCAAAGCAUCUGAUGAAAAAAGAUAUUGGAAUGUUAGGUAAGGGCAAGUCUGAUCCAUAUGCCGUCAUAAAUGUUGGUGCCCAGGAAUUUAGAACGAAAACAAUUGACAAUACCGUUAAUCCAAAGUGGGACUUCUGGUGUGAGUGUGCCGUGACUUCAGCCAUCGCGCAGCAACUGACCAUACUGCUGUGGGACUAUGAUGACACAAAGGGGGAUGAAAGUCUUGGAAGGGCCACUGUCGAAGUUAAUCGAGUGAAGAAAAAAGGCAUGAUUGAUACAUGGGUCACUUUGGAGCAAGCAAAGCACGGUAUGGUUCAUCUGCGACUAAUGUGGCUGCAAUUUUCAAAAGAUCCUGCCGAUUUGAAAGCCGCUUUAAUGGAAACUCAGGAACUUAGAGUUACAUCGAUGAGUACCGCCGUUCUUAUACUUUAUAUCGAUUCUGCUAAAAAUUUGCCAUGCAUUCGAGGAAACAAACAGCCCGACGUUUACUUGGAAGCAAGUGUCGAUGGAAAGAAAGAGAGAACAGCCACUGUACCACGUUCUUGUGAUCCUGUGUGGGAACGAGGAUUCAUCUUUUUAGUUAGCAAUCCCGAAACUGGAGUUUUGCACAUAAAGAUUACCGAUGAGAAAACUGCCAUGAUAGUUGGAGAAAUGAGUUAUAAUCUUUCUUUACUUUUGGAAAAGAAUAAUCUUGAAGUAACGCAACAGCCAUAUAAUCUGCAGAAAGCCGAAGCGGAUAGCAAGCUUGUGCUGUCGAUGUCAUUAAAUAUAUUAAAAUAUGAACAACCUGAACCUACUUCUGAGGAAGAUGAAGAUGAUCACGACAUCAAUGAAUUAAAUAAACGAAUCGAACGUCAAGAGUCCAGUAUUAGUAACGUGAUAUCUUCUAGUGUGCCACCAAGUCCUCUUAAGAAACAGCCUUCGAAAGAAUCGGUCAACAGUCAAGCACGUAGCACUGGAUCCGCUGCGGCGCUGCCGGAAGAACCAGCAACGGGAGAAGAAGAAUUAAUAGUCAGCACCAGUGCCCCGUCCUCUUUGACCGGAAGCCCUCAGCUUAUUCACAGAAAUCCAAGCAUCACGUCCUCUUCGGGUGAAGCGAAACUAGGGAGAAUACAGUUGACUAUACGUUACAGCAUACAAAGACAGAAGCUUACCGUUUUCGUGCACAAAAUUGCUAAUCUGCCGCUUCCCCAAAACGAUCCACACAACAUACCGGAUCCGUAUGUAAAACUCUACAUUUUGCCGGAUAAACAUAAAGAAACGAAGCGCAAGACUAUUGUGGUGAAGGACAAUUGCAAUCCAACGUUCGAUGAGCAAUUCGAAUACGUGGUCUCGCAGGGAGACUUAAACACACGCGUAUUAGAAGUAUCUGUAUGCACUCAGAAAGGUUGGUUGUCGACCGGAAGCAACGUGAUGGGGCAGGUUCACCUGAAAUUGAGCGAGAUCAAUCUUUCGAAGACGGUCUCCGCCUGGUACGAUUUACAACCGGAAAUCAAAGACUAGAAAAAA